AUGGCAGAAAACACUCGCGCCAAAACUGCUAAACGAAAUAACCAAAAAACACAAUUUGACAACCAUACCAAUUUAUCAGACGAAGAAAUGGUCGCAGAAACCUACGGCCAAAACCAAAACGUAUCUCCAACAGCUCAAACAAAGAAAAAACAAAAAAGAAUUGAAAACUCUUCUUUACCUUCGUCCACAACAGACGAUAACAACAAUAUGGAAGUCGACGAAAAAACUACAAACGAACAUCCAAUUUCCUCGGAAAUUGACAUAUCAUCACGUGAUACGAAUUCCGUUGAAUCAACUACACCAAUCAUUACAAGCCAAGAUGCAAUGGACACAGAUCAACAGAUCAACCAUACAAAUUCAGUAUCAACACAAGGAUCUACUAGUUCACAAACUCCUUCCAACGUAAACAAUGAUGUAACUUCGCAGACAUUAGAGCUGUUUAAGGAUUAUAACUCACGAUCAAAUACUGAAUAUAUAUUAUUCUUCAUGAGGAAAAUUUUCGACAAAGAAAAAUCAAACAAAGAAAUUUUAAAUGACUUAAAAAAUGCCUUUUUAACAGAACAAGACAUCAUAUCAUAUAGACCAGUAAAAAGAGCCACCAUAGAAUUUUUUACUAUAAUGAUUGGAACAAAAGAAACUUUAGAAAAACUCAAGGAAAAACCCGUACCGUUACUCAACAACGCGGUGCCUCAAAUUUUCUCCAAUGAAAAACUAGAUGAAUUAAUUGAACAAAAUAUUGAUAGAUUGAAAUCACGUUCAAUCAACCUUCUAAAUGUACCAAUCAACUACGACAUAAACCUUCUUAUCAAACAUAUAGCCAACUUUACCAGUAGCUCUAUUGAUAGUUAUAAAGAAUUCAUCCCCAACAAAAGAAACAACAUUCGUAACUUACCUCCAAAAUUGAGAUAUAAUUAUAAAGCACCCACAUAUAAAAAAGUUACGCUCACCUUUGACAAGCCAAAUGCGGUAGAAUACCUACUAUCACAACAUAAAUGGGGCAUACUCAUAGAAAAUUUUCUCAUAAGAAUAACUCCUAUAGAAGAAGACAAAGCAAAUUUCAAGGAACGCACCAAUCCUACUUAUAUAGUUACUGGAAUCCCACUAAAUGCCACAGUAUUGGAUUUAUUACCUUUAACUGAUCAUUUAAAAGCAAGAUCUAUUGAAUUCUUACAGACCAAAUCAGUAUCCCUACACAAAAUUGCCAAAAUUUAUUGCAACACAAGCGAUCAAGACUUCAUCACAUACAACAAAUUUGAAACGCUCUUUCAGGAAUUCAAACUUCACAUAUAUCCAGCUAACGACUUCAAUCUAAAUGACACCUGUGGUUACUGUGGCCUUAACGGUCACAAUGUAUUUUUUUGCACGGAAAAAGACUAUGCCAUCAUCCCCCAUAAUCAAGAAAGAAAAUUCAGGAAAAAAUUUAUAAAACGACCAAACUCAAACAACCUCAAAGAUAAUAUCAAAAACUCAUAUGAUCAAAUAAAAUCAUUAACCAAAUCACAUAGAAACCGUCCUCAAUCACAUCAAAGAUACAAUCCAGAUCCAAUGCAUAAUCAAGAAAGGACGAACAGAAGGACAUUACAAAAUCCGAAUCACAACAACCACUCAAAUAACUUUCAACGUCGCCCACAAGCAACUCCAAAUAAAAACUUAUAUAACUGGGACGAACAACCAACGGCGCAUAUAAAUCAACCAUCACCGACACCAAAAAGCAAGCAACCGGAAUAA